UGGCUCGUUUAGCCGUGAUGACAUCACGAGGAGGACUGGGGACACUGGUCUUUUUUUAAAUUUUAUUACCCCAAAAUCCAGCGCACAAGUCACGCUACAACUGAUUGACGGGGCAACUAGACGGUUGACUGGUGACCAAUAAUCGAUUUGCAAGAGCACGCGCGACAUCCUGUGUGAGGUUUCAUCUUGUUUACAAAGAUAGCUAAAAACACUGCUGAACGGGGAAGGCGAGCCCCAUGAGUCGGCCUCGUGGAUUGCAUCGACAUAAUGGAUUUGUCUAAAAUGGGUAUGAUACAGCUCCAGAACCCCAACCACCCCACUGCCCUGCUGCAGAAGGCCAACCAGAUGCGUCUGGCCGGGACCCUCUGUGACGUGGUCAUCAUGGUAGACAACCAGGAGUUCCACGCUCACCGGACUGUGCUAGCCUGCACAAGCAAAAUGUUUGAGAUCCUCUUCCAUCGCAGCAGUCAGCAUUACACCCUGGACUUUCUUUCUCCAAAGACUUUUCAGCAGAUUCUGGAGUAUGCUUACACUGCAACACUCCAGGCCAAGGUUGAGGACUUGGAUGAUCUUCUGUAUGCAGCGGAGAUCCUGGAGAUUGAAUACCUGGAAGAGCAAUGCCUCAAGAUCCUGGAAACCAUCCAGUCUUCAGAUGACAAUGACACAGAGGUCAACCUGAAUGACGGGAGCACAGAGGAGGAUGAUGAGCGCAAAGGCCACAAUGGAGCCAAGAACUCCAAAAAGCAUUCCAUGCAGAGUCCCUAUCUGUCAGGUGCCCAGCAAGUUGCCAUCAUGACUGGUAUGGUGGAUCAGAGUCCCUCGGUUUCCACCUCCUUCGGUGUCUCCACCCUAAGUCCCACCAAAGCUGCUGUGGACAGCCUGAUGAGUAUCGGUCAGUCUCUGCUCCAGCAGGGCUUUGGGGGUGAGCAAGUUCUUCACGGCAUUUCCCACCCCUUAAUGACUGAGAUCAAGACUGAAAUGAUGCAAGUGGACAUGGGUGGCAACGGCCACGACAGCCCUCCAAACAUGGAAUCCAGUGCCUCCAGCAAUGGAGAACGAAGUGGCGAGGACAGGAACCGAGACGGUCCAGGAACACCUACCAGGAGCAGCGUAAUCACCAGUGCCCGCGAGCUACAUUACGUCCGCGAUGAGGUCAUGGCCAACCCUCAAGUUGAUGUCAGCCAGAUGGGACUGGAAGCAAUGGCCGGGAUGACGGAGAAACAUCUUGCCUCGCUGUACUCCCUACCUGUCAAUCAUAAAUCCGAUGCUUUCAUGUCCAUGCCGGCAUCCAUGGCGGCAUCCAUGGCCUCCGCCCUCCCCAUGCCCCCAGCCCUGGCAAUGUCUAUGGACUUCAGUGCCUACGGGGGACUCAUGCCUCAGAGCUUCAUCCAGAGGGAAUUCUUCAGCAAGCUCGGAGAGCUGGCUGUGGGCAUGAAACCAGACGGGAGGAACCAGCUCGAGCGUUGCAAUGUCUGCGGUGCAGAACUACCAGAUAACGAAGCUGUGGAGCAGCACAGGAAGAUGCACAGCGGAAUGAAGACCUACGGCUGUGAGCUGUGUGGAAAGAGCUUCCUGGACAGCCUCCGUCUGCGGAUGCAUUUGCUGUCUCAUUCAGCUGGUGAGAAGGCCAUAGUUUGUGACCAGUGUGGCGCCCAGUUCCAAACGGAGGAAUCCCUGGAGUCUCAUCGGAAGGUCCACACCGGGUCUGACAUGGCCAUCUUUUGCCUGCUUUGCGGGAAGCGUUUCCAGACCCAGCCGGCACUGCAGCAGCACAUGGAAGUCCACGCCGGCGUUCGCAGCUACAUUUGCAGUGAAUGCAACCGGACUUUCCCGAGCCAUACUGCACUCAAGCGUCACCUGCGCUCACACACAGCAGGGGACCAUCCAUACGAGUGCGAGUUCUGCGGGAGCUGCUUCCGAGAUGAGAGCACGCUGAAGGGCCACAAGCGCAUCCACACCGGGGAGAAGCCCUAUGAAUGUAACGGCUGUGGGAAGAAGUUCAGCCUCAAGCACCAGCUGGAAACCCACUACCGUGUGCACACAGGUGAGAAGCCAUUCGAGUGCAAGCUUUGCCACCAGCGAUCCAGGGACUACUCGGCCAUGAUCAAGCACCUGCGCACCCACAACGGCGCCUCGCCCUACCAAUGCACCAUCUGCCAGGAUUACUGCGCCAGCCUGUCAGCCAUGCAGAAGCACAUUAAAGGCCACAAGCCCGAAGACGUCCCCUCAGACUGGCGCAUAGAGAAGACCUACCUGUACCUCUGCUAUGUCUGAGGUCGAGAGAGUAGACGACGAGAGGGGAGGGUACGCGUGACGGUGUAGGUGUGGGCGGGGUUGAGAGGUAAGGGGGAAUGUAAUUGAGUGGAUAGGAGGCUGUAGUGGAGUGUUGACGAUUUAGGAAUGUCAACGGCAAGGGACCCGAAAUCGAGAGGGUUUGUUUUCUCUUUUUACUUUUCAUGCAAAGGCGGCGCCGGGCCGACGUGGUUAAAGGGGGGUGAUGGUGGGACAAAAGUGCUGAGAAGAGGAAGACUUGGACACGGAGAGAGAUUCUCCACCAUAGUUCGGAUUCACCGGGUCAUCUGCAACUGUGAUAUUGUUUCAGGUCAUUUCAUGCAGCGCCAUAAAGCGAGCGAGCUGCAAGGAAGUGACUUUUUGGAUACUGCCGUGAGUGAGGGAGCUGAUUCUCAAGGGCUAUCUGAACCUGCACAUGUUCGCCAUCACUCCCUUUUUGUGGAGAUUUUUUGUUUUGUUUUGCUCUAUUUUGAUAUGGUUCGCCCUGCUUAGUCAUACUAGUUUCAAUCACAUGGACAAUAUGCGAAUAUAAGCUUCAACUUAGGCCCCAAUUCCAUCAUAUAAAGGUUUGCUUUCCAAGUAUUGAGGAACUGUUGGCUUUCAGAAGCCACAAAUCCUUCUCCACAAACCUUGAUGCGACGUUAGUUAUGAACCACAACAAUGUUAUCUUGGGAGGACCGAGAAAUAUUUUCCAACAGUUUGACCUCCCCCCAUCAAACCAGAUUAAAUAAACACAUGCUGCAGAGUUUGAAUAAAUGGCAUUGGGCGAUCAUGUUCCUAAUACUUUCCAUCCCCGAUGGAAGAUUUAUCUGUUUUGCUUUCAGGCAUUUCUAGCUACGCACGUAGAUGCAGAUCGUCCCUGUUUUCACAGAAACCCGCCAGUAUAACCUGUUCAUACAUGAGAUCCUUUCCGAUCCCAGCGGUGGCAGAGAGAUAACCCCUGCGAAUCCGCAGCGCAGCCGGUAGACUUAUGCAGUAGAUGAAACCGUUGAACUGGAUGAAUGAGAGGACAAAAACACUGCAAACCAAGCGCCUGUUUGGUUGUUAUGGGCGUGGGCGGAGAUGCUAAUGCUGCUUUUUGCUUUUUUGGGGAAGUCUCCCAAGUUUUAUCAGCAGUCUUCCUGGUUCUGCAUCUCGGUAAGAUGAGGGCCGGAGAAGGUCGAGUCACUGCUGGCCACCUGCGGUUCUCCCCGGAGAGGCAACUUCUGUCACUUUUCAAACUUAUAUUUUUUUUAGCUCCGCAUCAUAGUUUAUCAUGGCUUUAUUGAACAGGUCAAACUAAUUACGAGAACGAUCUCUGUUUGAUGUCUGCAAGUUAUAUAUAUUUUCCAUUAAACAAUAACUGGCUAUUACAGUAUGCCACAUUUAAACCCAGCAUAUCCACCUACUUGGCAAUAGAUAGCUGGACCACUCAUAUCCAUGUCCAUAUAACCAGACGACUAUCAUUAUCUCACACUAAUGAUGAACUACACAACAAACUAACACAUAAACAGUAACACUUUGUAAUGCCAACACAGAUCUUUCACCACAGUGAUGGAAAACAAAAAUGGGGAAAAGGCUGCUUUCCGUGGGAGUCCUGUGACUUCGACUGCGCGUCGUGAAUGUUGAAGAAGGGCUGGGAAUGCCUUCGCUGCACACCUUUACUUUUGACAAAUGUGGGGUGACAGGUCGAAGACUGUUAUAUGGUAUCAAAACAUCAAUGUGAAUGACUGUGAACCAGGUCAGCAUUAGGCUAGUGUCAAAAUGCAUUGUAGGUUAAUGCCACCUUUCAAUGGAAGUCAGAAACCUGUAAUUCCCACCUCGGAGGUUGUUAUUACUCUCCAUGCCUUGCACUGGUUACCGUUUUCCCCAUCAGAUGUAGUUCCCCAUGCAACGCGCUAUAGCUUGCAGCUGUUAAUUCAAUUUUACAUUUAAAAAUGAAUAUGUGUGAUCAUUCACCAUCAGAUGUUCUGCGUAAGAUUAGACAAAAUGAUCUCACAGAAGGGCUGGAACAUAUCCAGAAUCAAGACCGCGACAUCCUGUGAUCUUCAAAUUCAAACAUUAAUGUGCACUGAUAAAAAUUGGGAUUACGAACUGGGCAAAGCAGAUGGAAUUUCUUUUUGAGAACAUUCCAUCAGCUCUACUCCAGUGGAGGACCUAAAGGCGAGUCUUGCAUUAUCCAAUGGCCCUUUCCUGUAGUUAUACAUCGCAGAUACAUUUGUUUAAAUGGUGCAUAAAUUCCCAAUUUUGACAGAACUGCAUCUUGAAAUAAGCUGAGCGUGCUGAUUUAGUUCGAGAAGGAGGUGGGAAUUUCUGACGUCUCUGAAACGCAGCAUUAGACCUGAAUGACUGACGCAGCCGCAGGUAUUAUGGUUGAACCUACGGCUUUAAUGAGCAUCACUGCAUGUCACAGCAUUACCGGGGUGAUCACCUAUCCAAAUAGACAGUGGAAAAAGGGGGAAAUCACUGAUAGGACGAGAUACUGCCCAGCAGCUUAGGGGGGCGACCAGUAAGACGACAGAAUAAAUCAACUCUUUCUCUGUUGUUUUGUCCCUGCGUUUCGUCUCGCUCGUCUCCUGUUGUCGUCGUCGUCGUUGUCGUUGUCGUCGUUGUCGUUGUUACUAUUGACCUUGAGUUUGAUCUCAACACAUCGUACUUGAAUUACUUCGUUUUGUGACCUCAUGUUGCUUGUGUGUAUUUUAAUUAUCCCUUUUUGUUUCAUUUGUACACUUCUGCGUGUGUGUGUUCAUGAGUGUGUAUGUCGAAAAGAUGCAUUCCACGACACGAUGAAGCAACGUGUACGCAGAGCAAUUAAGUGCCACAGUGAAGAGAUUUGUUUUUUGUUUUUCGUUUUUCUCAUGUGUAUUACUUUGUGCAUUACUUGUUUCCAAACUUGGUAUUAUUAACCCCGCUUGUUAAAGAGCCGGAAGGUUUGGUCGUUUGUUAUAAAAGCUACCUCUAAGUUGUUUUAAUUGUUUCGCAAAUUAUGUUGUGUUUGUGUUUUGCAUUAUUUCAUCAUUGCUACUUCAUCUCAUGCCUCUUUCUUUUUUUGUUCUUCAAAAGUUGAUUUAUGAUUGUGUUUUUAAGCAAAAUGUACAUAAAAGCAUAAGAGAUAACAAAAGUAGAGGGUGAUAGGAUUUGGAAAGUAAUUCAAAUGGAAUUUUCAUUCUCCUGUUAUUCUCUCCCCCUGCACCUCCAACCACAGAAGUGCAGAGAAAGAGAAAGAAAAAAAGCAAUUUUGAAGCCUUAAGUGAUGGGUAAGAGGGAUGCGGCAGAUAAGAGAAAGUACUAUUGCUGUCAAGAGGGUUUAAAAACAAGAAUUAAAACUUGAAAAUAUGUGAAUAGAAGUGUAGUUUUGUAAUGUGAAGAAAAAAAAGGUUCAUCAAAAGAAACGCUGAACCGCCCAGGACAGGUCAUAUUUGCAGUGAUGCAGAGUGCGUUGGACAAUUGGAACUGAAAGUGGUAAUCAAAAAAGAAAAACUAGAAGGUUAAAAAUAGAGAUUGUCUCGGCUGACAAGCUCUCUUGAGAAAUGAGCGUAUUCCUGAACAAGAGCCAACAGAGGCAAUUUGAUAUUAAAAAAAUGGUGAUAUUUUUGUAUUCAGUGUAAGUCCUAUUUCCAUUUGUGGAGGGUUACAGCAGGGCACAAAUAUUUGUAUUUCUUUUCACCUGUUUUUUUUUCUUUUUUCUCUGGGUGUGAAUCAUUUUUGCCUUGCUCCUCUUUGAUAUUGUUGGGCAAAAAACAUGUGUGUGAACAUAUUGUUAUAAUAAGUGUUGCUUUCUGGAUGUCAAUUGCAUUGUAGGUGAAGGACUAAAUCUUUCCGCCACAAAUUGUACGAGUGUGUCUGUACGUGACAACAACAAAAAAGGAAAAAAAAGGAUGAUAAAAUACGAGAUGGCAGGGGCGCGCUGCCAAACCGACCAAUUAGUACUUGUCAUUUAUAACUUUUCAAUCAAACUUGACUGUCAACAUGUCUUUCGUUUUGUAUUUGAAAAAAAAAGAAAAAAGAAGACGAGAUGGCAUGUCCCGUGGUUUCUUGCCAUUUUAUUCUCAAACACUGUGAGCUGAGGGGCUUUUUCACCCUCGUAUAAUAUCCACCCACUAUAAUAUACCCAGUCACGGCUCAGUCUGAACCACCACAAUGCAAGACCUGAUCAGUCACAUUAUUCCUAUCAUCGUCCUCUGAAUGUUUUCUACUUUUUCGUGCGGGUGAAAGAGUGCGUAAAGGAGUGUGUAACUGUGUGUGUGUGUGUGUAAUCAGAUCAGAUACAAAAUAAAAUGAUACUCUAUGCCACUUUCUUUCUCUAUGUUGGAAAAAAUAUAUAUAUACAUUGGCAUCGAUAUAGUUCUUCCCUCAGUGUUCCUCUGAUAUUUCUGUACUAUCUUUGUGCCUAAAAAUGGAAUUUGUUCAACAAAAAUAUCCAUCUAUAUCUGCUUAGUUUCCGUAUUUUCAGAAGAAAAUAAAAAUGGUGUCUCCAGCAACCUAGGGAUGUCAUGACGCUCGAAAAUGACCAGAUUGUUUUAUAAAUAAAAAAAAUCCUGAAUAGAGCAGGGCAUCCUUUUCAAGGACUGCAAUAAACCCUUACAUGUUAUUGAAAUCGCAACUUCAAAUCUGCAUUCAAUUCUUUUUUUCGCAGGCCGUACGCUGCAAUUGGCACCCGUUUAUUUAGCGACACAUAACAAAUAUAGGGAAGCUUUACUGGAAACCAGACCGGCUCCAUUUUAAAUUGUUUUUCUGCAAGCAAACUUAGGUCCAGGUCUGGUUCUCCACUCAGUGACUAUUCAAAUUUAUUUUCCUAUUACUUUUCUUUUAAUAUAAUGGAACGCAAACCUCCAUUUUGGGUAGGUUGGCAUGAGGGGUAUUCCCCUUGUGCUUUGCUUCGUUUUUUCUUUUCUAGAAAAUGCAUUUAGAAGGGGAUGUUAAACUUGUCAGAGGAAUCAUGGCAUCCCUGGAGCUGGCAUUCUGUGUUUUGGUGUGGUGUUUCUAGAACAAAGUAGCCAUUUCAUGCAGUGUUGCAAUGCAUGUGCCAUCGAGAACUAGACUAAAAACUGUUUUGAGUAACAAAGCACCAAUACAUUGUAUUUUUUUAUAUUAGCACUGAGGACCAAUUGCCCUGUCGGACCAAACAUAAAGCUUUUUAUGUAACAAAGGCUUAUCUCUCUCUGUCUUUCCUUGGCUUGUCUGUGCUACUUCUCUCCUCCAUUGUUGUGACAGCGCAAGUGCCAGUCAAGUUGCUCUGUAUUAAGAAAAUAGUGUUUUUAAUAUGAUUUAAAUUGUUGUAGUUUUUGUCUACCUCAGCACCUAAUCUUAGCCUAAUCUUAGAAGGUGCCCAUUUAUUAUUUUUAAUUUUCUUUAUUUUGUUCUCUUAUUGUUAUCGGUUGUAUAAUUUGUUUGAAAUUUGCAUUAGAGCUUUGCAAAUGUCCUUUGUGUUUUCCAGCGACAACGUGCUAUUUUUUUCCGUGGCAGUACGUUUCCUGUUGAGCUGUGCCACCGAUUUAUAGCCACCGUCUGUUGAUAUAGAGGUUAUUCUUUUUUUCUUUUUUUUCAUGUAGAAUCAGACACCUCUAUUUGUAACAUUUCAGUGUUCUCUGAUGGAGUGUGAAAAAAAAAUAAAAAGGAAAAUAAAAGAUUUAAUGCUGCAGGUUCUCUUCUCCAUGUUGUCACUAAAGUCAAUGUUGUGCCUUUUGAUAGUGAAGAUAUACCUCUUUUUUUUUUACAUCCUACUAACAGUAGAUUGUUUUUUGUAGUGGACAUUUUUUGUAUUUUUAUUUAUGAGUCUCAUAAUAAAAAUCAAACCAUGAUG